UUUCCUUCUGCUAGCCACUAAACCCCCGCCACUCUUGCCCCCCCCCCACUUCGAGGUCUCUGCUCCUUUGUGAAUGGGUUUCGCUCACCCUGCCCACGUUCCUGAUGCCGGCAGUCCUAGCGGGGAGGGGGUGGGUGGUGCUGUUUUCAUGCCUCGAUUUCUAAUUUGAACGUGCAUCCUGUUUUGAACCCAUUGUGCUGUGCAAGUGAGAGAAGGCGGCUGAAAUUUCUGGAGAUCCUCUGCCACGCAAUGACCUGCCUCCGACCGACUCAAACCUAUACAAUUACUCUUCUAGUCAGCGCCAGCCUUUGCACAGAGAUUGAACCACAGCCUCCCAGCAGGGAGUAGUCCAUCAAUCACCGUCCACCGCUGUGUCCAUCCAGCAGGAGAGCCCAGUAAUCUGGCCUUGGGAUGACAAUGAACGGGAUGAACACUACGAACAUGACGAAAGACGAGGUCCUCCCCCUCCCCUUCACUGUGGUCUACGCCAUCAUCAUCGUGCUGGGCCUGGUGUUCAACGCGGGCGCCCUGUGGGUCUUCAGCUGCUACAUCCGCCUACGCUCGGGCACCACCAUUUACAUGCGCAACCUGGCCACUGCCGACCUGCUGCUGGUUUGCUUCCUGCCUUUGUACAUCGGCUCCUCCUACCAACAGGAACUAAAGAAAAUCUGCAAGUUCACUUUCCUCAUCUUCCUCAUCAACAUGUACACCAGUAUCUUCUUCCUGGCCUGCAUCAGCAUGGACCGGUGCAUUGCCACCCUGUUCCCCCUCCGCUUGCCCAUGCGCCAGCUUCGCCGGGCAGCCACGUGGGUCAGUGCCCUGGUGUGGAUCUUUUCCGUCAGUGCCAGCCUCCCUCCUUACCUCAUCUGGAAGUUAAACCACUCCGGAAACACCAGCAUGGACGGUGAGUGCCUCCAGUUAGAGACCAUUACCAAGAAAACGACCGUCGCAGUCACCCUCAGCCUCGGCUUCACGCUGCCAUUCUGCCUUCUGCUGGUCUCCUCUCUGGUGGCACUGUGGGCACUGCGGAAAGGUCAGAAGAAUGGUUCGCAGCUACAGAAGGUGCCAAAGGCGCAGGGCAUGAUCCUGGCCAACCUGCUCAUCUUCACCUUCUGCUUCCUGCCCUACCAUGCCCUCCUCUGUUUCUACAAGAGACUGUUCAGCCACUCGCCUGAGCUGGCUCUCCAGUUCUUCCAGGCCUCCCAGCUGCUGGCCAGCUCCAACGCUGUGCUGGACCCCGUUCUGUACUACUUCAACACUGAGGCCUUCCGGGAAACGAGGCCAGUUAGCGCUGUGCGCAGCGUGGCGGAUUGUGGGUGCUGGAGGGCAGCCGAAACCUCUGAAGGGGAUAACAGGAUGAGACCUUCAGAGACAGUUACCUUCCUCUCGGUGGCUAAGGUUUCCUGACCUGCCAUCCGGUCAAUGGCUCAUGUUUGUUUAUUUAUUGAUCACACAUGGGAUGAGAGUGUAUGUGUUAAUGUCAGAAGCAAAGGAGUACCCAAAUGGGCCUGUUAUUAAGCAGGGAGAGAUGCAAGAGUAAAGCUCCCUCCACACUGUCCCAUCACACACUCUCAGAGUCAGACACAGAGUGAAGCUCCCUCCACACUGUCCCAUCACACACUCUCAGAGUCAGACACAGAGUGAAGCUCCCUCCACACUGUCCCAUCACACACUCUCAGAGUCAGACACAGAGUGAAACUCCCUCUACACUGUCCCAUCACACACUCUCAGAGUCAGACACAGAGUGAAACUCCCUCUACACUGUCCCAUCACACACUCCCAGGGUCAGACACAGAGUGAAACUCCCUCCACACUGUCCCAUCACACACUCCCAGGGUCAGGCACAGAGUGAAUCUCCAGCUACACUGUCCCAUCACACACUCCUAGGGCAUGGAUUAGACACAGAGUCAUGUUGUGGUCAGUAUAGGCUUACCUGGGGGUUCCAGUUUAGUUGGAAGAGACAAAAGAACAGACACAGGAGGGGAAGCAGAGGAGGGCCAGUGGGCUUCAUUGUAUUUACUUGAAUGUGCAGAGACGUGUGUAGGGGGAGGAGCUGAGAACAUUGCUCAACAAGUGGGAUUACAAUAUUGUCACCAUCACAGAAACAUGGUUGAGGGAAAGAUACGGGCCUUUGGGUUUUGUGGAGUGAGGUAGCAGAGAUGAUAGUAGUUUGGAGGGAAAAAAGUGGCCUUGAAAUGUUCUUUUCAAGAAGGAUUAAGGAGAAUCCCCAAAUCUUGUAUAACCUUGUAAUGUAUCCAGGAAUUAUAUUAGAAACUUGAGACUGUCUGGGGAAUGAUUUGUUCUUCAGGGAUAGAGGGGUGAACAAUAUCACAGAGGGGUAACUGAUGGGAAUGAGUGAAGUUUGAAGUGGACACAUUUCAUGACUAACCACCAGGGAGAAGGAUAAGGAGCAUGGAGAGUUAAGGGAGGAAUCCGCUAAUAUUUUGUGCCAGGAGGGAGGACCAGUUGGAGUGAUUAGCACACACUGUUGGACAUAACUCCAGCGCCAUAUAUGAUAAAUGACCGCAAGAGAAGAAAUUUAUGGGGCUCUGCUGGAGAUUUCUGUGCUUUAGCCUAGGGCAAGAUGCCAGUAGAUUGGAUAACUAACCUUGUCUCUUUGCUCAAAAAAUGCAUAAUAAGCCUAGUAACUACAGUCAGCCUUACGUCCAUGCUGUGGAAAUUAUUGCAAGAAAUUCAGACUUACGGUAGUGGACGGGUGUUCAUCUGACUGGAAUUUUCUAACUGGUGGAAUACCACUGGGACCUUUAUAAAUGGCUUGCAUGAGGAUUUAGGGGUAUGAUAAGUAAGUUUGUGGAUAGGAUGAGAACUGGGGGUUUAGACAUAAGGUUGUCUAAGAAUACAGCACGACAUAGAUCAGUCGGAGAGCUGGGCAGAGCAGUGGCAGAUGAAAUUUAACCCAGGCAAGUGUGAAGUGGUGCACCUUGGGACGCCUAACGACAGGGCGUGUGCAGUAACUGUUAGGGGUCUCCAGAGCAUCGACGUACAGAGGGCCACUGGGUUGCAAGGUCAUUGCUCCUUGAAAGUGGUGACGCUGGUGGAUAGGAUGAGUGAAGCGGUGUUUGGUACAUUUGCCUUUUUACACUGAAGCAUUGGAUAUAUGACCUGGAACAUCAUGAUGGUGUCGUACAAAAUCGUACAAACAGCUGGAGUUUUGUGUGCAGUUGCAGACAGCACACUAUAGACCUGAUGAAGGGCCUCGCCCCAAAACGUCGGUUGUCCACGGGUUCCUCAAGUGCCUUUGUGCGUUUCUCCAGAUUUCCAACCAUCUGUAGUCUCUCUUGCGCCUCUAAUGGAAAGAUGCAGUAGCAAUAGGAGGCAGUGCCAGAUGUUGCCUGGAAUGGAGGCCUUUAUAAGGCUAGGCUGGGAUUGCCUCUUGGGAGGGUACAAGGCUGAGGGGUGACUUUAUAGAGAUUUACCGGGGGGGGCAGAGAUAAAGGUAAGGGGUGAAAGUCAUUUUCCUAGGGCAAGGGAGUCUCGAACUCAAGAACACACGUUUGAGGUGUGAGGGAAGGAAAACAGAUCUACGGAGUAAAUUUUUCAGACAGUGGAUGGUGGGAAGCCUGAGGGAGAGACAGUGACAACUUUUUAGAGCCAUUUGGACGGGUUCAUGGAUAGGAACGUUGUGGAGAGGCAUGAGCCAAUCUCAGGCAAAUAUGACUCACACUGAUAAUAGUAGAGGAGGGGGGAGGAAAUACGCCAAUAUCAAUACAAGACUUGUUAGAUGGGAAGCUGAUAUCAGCGUACUUGGCUGCAAGAGCUAUAGUGUCACCGGCCACUCACAGAACCAUAAAAAGUCAGAUCGGCAGUGCAUUGAGGGUCCUUACUGGAUAAACUUAAUGUACAGUUGAAGUCAGUAGUUUACAUACACCUUAGCCAAAUACAUUUUAACUUUCCCCACUCACCUUAAAAGGAUGUUCUCUGGUAUCAGCCUUUGCCCCUGUACUUCCAGGAAAAAGACACUUGCAGUCCACUCUGUCUUUGCCUGUCUUACUCUCAUACAUCUCCACCAUGUGGCCUCUGAUCAUCCUUCACUCCAAACAGAAAGCCCCAGCUUGCUCAGUCUUUCCUCAUAUGACACGCUCCCCAUCCAGGUAGUUUUCCGGUAAACCUCCUCUGCACCCUCUGUAAAGUUUCCACAUCCUUCUUUCAAUGAGGCAAGCAGAACUGAGCACAAUAUUCCAAGUGUGACGGGGGCAGGAGGGUGCAGGGUGCAGGGCGACGGGCGACGGGUGGGUAUAUUUACCCUUCCUGGUGGUCCAUUUGUAACUGUGUGGCACUGGGUUCUUCAGCUGACUCCCCGCAUUCUGGCAGAUCCAAGGACAGACAAAGCCUCCGGGCUCCAGUUCCUGAGGGUCGAGAGGGGAAAGGGGAGGUGGG